AUGGGAAGGGAUGUGAUAAUAAAAUGGAUAAAUGUGAAAUGUAUAAUUCUAUAAGUUAAUGCAUAGUUACCUUAGAAGGAAUGAAAUGUUAAUGGGCUGAAGGAUCUUGUUUUGAUAUUUAAUAAUCAUGUUUGCUAUAUUUCAAAAAGAGUGAAUGUAUAAAUUAAAGUGAUGGAUAGAUAUGUAUUUGGAUAGAUGGUUCAUGUUAUAAUAGAUAAUGCAAACAUGCUCCAAAAUCAUAUUCAACAUAUGAAUAAUGUUAGAAAUAUGGUAAAAAUUGUACAACAAAUGGGAUGGGAUGUACAAAUUAUAAAAAAUGUUCUGAAUAUAAAUAUUUAUCAUCUUGUCAAAUAGGUAGUGAUGGUUAAUGUACAUUAGUAAAUUAAUGCCAAAAGAUUUCAUGUGAGAGUGCUCCAACAACUUUAAAAACAGAUUCUGAAUGUUCAAAUUUUUUAAAUAAAUGUACAACAAAUGGAUAAGGAUGUAUAGAGAGAAGAAGAUGUUAAGAUGCUUAUAUAGAAGAGGGUUGUAAAUAUAAUAGUUAAGGUGGAAUAUGUGUUUGGUUUAAUGACUAAUGUUAUGAUAAAACAUGUGAGACAGCGGAUAAAUCUGUUGAUACAGAGAAAUCUUGUGAAGAAUAUUAUCCUAAAGCUUAAUGCACUACUAAAUUAGGAGGUGGUUGUAUAUAGAAAAGUAAAUGUAAAGAUGUUUAAAUAGAAAUAGCAUGUACUACUUAAUAUGAUGGAUAAAAAUGUUAAUGGUAAGAUGGUGUUUGUUCAUUAAUAAAAUCUUGUUCUAAUAUAAAAGGUACUGAUCAUAAAAUUUGUAAUACUUUAUAAAAUGAUUGUACAAGUGAUGGAAAAUAAUGUGUUCCUAUGCAAACUUGUUCUAAUACUCUAAAAGGUGUAUCUUGUGUUCAAGGAACAGAUGGACCUUGUUUGUGGAGCAAUUAAUAAUGUUAUAGAUAUACUAAAUGUACUGAUUUAAUUUUUAGUACUCAUUAAGAAUGCAAUCAAAUUCAUUCAUAAUGUACUACUAAUGGAUAUAAUUGUAUAGCUAUCAAUACUUGUGCUAAUACUCCAAAAAUUGGAUGUUAUGUUGGUAUUAAAGAUAAUAAUAAUAUUUAAUGUAUAUGGGCACCUCGAUCUAAUAAAUAAUCAGCUAUCUAAUAAUGUACUGAAUUCAAAAAAUGUCAAGAUGUUUAUUAUCUUAAUCAUAAUGAUUGUUAUAAUUAUUCCUAAAGUAAAUGUACAACCGAUGGAAUUAAUGGUUGUAUCCCAUUAGAUUCAUGUGAUAAAUAUGAUAAAUAAGUAUCAUGUGUAAUUGAUAAAGCAGGUAAAAUAAUUAAUAAAUCUGGAGAUAUAACAUCUACUGGAUUCUGCUUUUGGAAUAAUAAUAAAUGUAUUUCAUAAGAAUGUUCUUAAUUAAUAGGAACUACUCAUUAAUAAUGCAAUUCAUAAUUAUCUAAGUGUACUUCUAAUGGUUAAAAUUGUCUCCUCUAAAGUACGUGUAGUAUAUUUUCAACUUAUAAUUCUUGUAUAGCUGCAACAGGAACUGAUGGAAAAUGUACUUGGCUUAACAAUCUUUGUAAUUCUAUGAAAUGCUCAGAUUAUCCUGUCGCUUAAUGUUCUCUCUUCUCUACUGAUUGUAUCAGAGAUGGAUUGAAGUGUUAAGAAAUCAAUCACUGCUUUUCCUACAAAACUUAAUCUGCAUGUGAAAAUGGAUUUAAAAAUUCAUUUUGUAAAUGGGUUAAUAUUAAUACUUAGAAAGAUUAAUGUAUAGAAAUUUAAUCUUGUGAGAUUGUAAAUGAUAAUGAAAAAACUUGUAAAAACUUAUCUGAUAGAUGCUAUUGGUAUAAAACCACCAGCUAAAAUUAAACUUCAUAUACUUGUGCUUAAAAAAAAUGUGAAAUUCAAACUAAUAACACUUGUACUGGUUUUUAUGAUUGGGAUAAAUAAAAUUACACCAUUUGUAUAUUAGAUAGCAAAAAUUAAUGUGUUCCUGCUGAUCCCUCUACUUUAACAUAAGAAGAUUGCUUUACCAAAACAUUAUAUCAAUAUACUUGGGACUCUACCUCUAACAAGUGUCAAAUUUGUAAUCCAUAAUCCAUUCCUAAUAAUACAACUGAUAAUAAAACCGAUAACAAAACAGGUUAAUUUACCACAAUUUUGCUCCCAACAUUAAUGGCUAUUCUAUUUCUUUAAAUUUGA